GUCAGACUUCUUUGAGCAUUUACUCAAGAAGGUCGAAUUUGAUCGCUGGCAGAUUUAUCGUCUAGUUCCAUUUUUGAUGUUUUGAUGAUAGUCGUUGUUGUGUUGCUGCACUACCGUUUGUUUCUUUUGCCUUUCAAAUUUUUAAAUCUUUGAACCGUUGCAUUUGCAUUUGCAAUAUUAACUGAAGUGUGGAACAGUUUUGUGAACAUUUUUUUUGUUGUUUCGCUGAAAUUAAAAACUUUUUCCGCUAAGUUUAGAACAAUUUCGUUCGCUGCAAUUUGAUUGUGAAAGUUUUAGCUUUGAGAAAAUAGAAAUUUGUGUGAUAACAUUUUGGAAAUUGAAAUCGAUGAAAAAAUAGAUCGGUUUCGUUGGUAAAACGCAGUGUAAAACAUUUGGAUUAAAACAGCAAACUUACCGGACCUGUUGAACAGUCUAAAGGAUAAAUUUGAUACACACAAAUCAUUAGCAGAAAGGUAUUACACCGAUGCGUACGGCCAGAUAAUUGACCACAUGAGCACCAGGCAAACUCACACCGCAUAUAUUUCGUAAUCAUUUAAAAGCGAAGAAGAAGAAGAAAAAAAACAAAUUUAUUAUUAUCAUCAUCUGCCACACAUAAUAUGGUAUAAAACGCAUGAAUAUGUUAAAAUGAAAAGUGAAAUUUAGCCUGGCUUCGAAAGACGCGCUAAAAGCCAACACAUAGCGAAGUGAGAGAGAAAGAAAGACAGAAAAAAAUUAUCGUUAAAAAUUACUUAAAAAGUGUAAACAAAAAAAGUGAAAUUUUAUACUUGAUUUCGAAUGCAAACAUUGUACCGUAUAUGAAUAUUGGAAGAGUAAAAGUGAAAUUUUUAGUUGAAUUUUUUGUUCAGUUUUUUUGUUUCUUAUUAAUAUUUACUAAGCGCGACCAUAAGUCAUCGAUCGGUUGGUAAUAUCAGCAGUUAGCCGGUACAGUACACACAUUUUGUUGAUUACAUCGAUCAUUGCGUUAGCAUAUGAUUUUGUAAAUUUGUAAUCAUUUAUGCGCCGAGCAAUUUUCCAUUUGUUUGUUUUUGUGUCGUCUUAUUCGUCUAAGAAAUUAAAGUGUGAAACCGAAAUGAAUUUGUUGCAUCGUUAGCACAUCUAUUGCGCAAAUUCGAGAAAAGAUAAUGAUUUUGUGAACGCCGCUUCUUUACGUGUGUGACGACAUAAGUAUCUUCAAAAAAAAAUGAGGACAGUAUUGUGAUGUGUUACACUUAACCAUAACAGAAACAAUUCAAAUUUCCCAAUUUAACACGAAAAAUUUCAAAAAACAAAAAACAAAUUUCCCUUCUGAAUUCUCAAGACAAUGUGCGAAACAUAAAACGAAAGUGAAUGAUUUGUCCUAGCGUUAAACUGUACGAUGUUAGGCCCGAACAAAUGGCGGCUUCUAACUAUUGUUGCUGGUGUAUUAUUGGCCCAUGCCAUUGAUUCGCCCGUUCGUCGAUCGCCGAACGUUUUGCCGCGCAACUAUGACACAUCAACAAUAGAACAUGCAGCCACAAUCGAACAUUUCACACCGCGCAUUGUCCGCAGCACUGCACGCAAUCUGUACAAGCCAUACCAGACAUUUUCGAACGUUGACAAUGUUCGAUACAUUGACAAACGGUUCUGGACACAACGGUCGGGCCGAUCAGCGGCAUUCGGUGCGUUCCGUUAUCCUUACAACGAUGUCAGUCGACGAUCGGACGAUGUGCAACAGCAACAAUUGUCCUCCAAUGCAACCGUAACUCAGUCGCAAGACAUUCCAUCACCAUCACCUGCUUCGACCAGCCCGACCAAUCGGGAAAAGGUUAAACGUCCUACAUACACUUACAUACCGCUUAAGCUCGAUGAAGAAAAUCAACCAAAGACUAAUUUCACCAGCACAUCCACUUCAACCGAAGAGAUUCAAUCCCGUACCGACACAGACCUAUACGCUGAACCAGUGACCGACAGCAGUGAACUAUUCCCCAGCAUUGCAGCACUUACGCAGGAUAUUGAGGGACGACGAUCGGGUAUCCAAUUUUCGACUCAAUCGCAAAAACUCGAGAGUCCUUUCACGCCGCAGAGCUAUCGGGAAGACAACCCAAACAAUCCUGAAUUCCAGCUGCCCUACAGUGAGGAAUUAUCCCAGCCGGAUAGUAGUGAUGUGAGGUAUUCGCGACAAGUGUCGUACGACCAAUCAUCACGAACGAUUCGAUUUCCCGAUCGACAACCGUCCAAUGAACCGUUCAGGGAUGAUGUAACGAAAUUUGGAGAUGUGAACGGACCGGUGACGGUGCAACACCGACAGUACAGUGACUAUAGUGAUUACAUACGGCCGUCAUACGAAAGCUAUUAUUCGGCUGACGAUUACAGUAGUAGACCGCCGAGACAAUAUUUUCCACCGAAAUCUUAUGUGGAGUACAGUGACUAUCCGGGACCACCGAGAAGUCGUCUGACUUCACCAUAUAAAUCGUCAAGAACGCCCAGAGUGGUGUUCCCGCAAAGUGAUCUGACAUUUCCGGGAACAGCGAGUGGAAGCAGUGGUACGAGUGGUAGUGGUACAAGUGGAUAUGGAAACGAUAAUGUCGUAUUUAGAGACCAGAACUUUGGUCUAAAUGAUUUGGCUGCAAUCCAAGACGUCCGAAAUGACUUCAAUCUUCAAGAUAUUACCGACGAACCACCAGCGACGACAAAGGAUCGUGGAGAUGCAAAUGAUCGUGAACUGCAAUGUCAACAUGAAGGCGGCACCUGUGAAUUCUUUUUGAUUUGUUGGAUGUCGGGCGGCCUCCUACAAGGCUCUUGUGGGGGUUUGUUGCGCGGUUGCUGUCACCGUACAGCCAAAUCUGCAAAUUUAGCCACAAGCGAUUUAACCAAUUCAGUUGUUGAUCUAACAGAUCUUCCAGUUAAGCACUACGGACCGGUUCAAAAUGAUGCUAGUUGCGGAAUAUCAAUAGCAAAGCAAACCGCUCAACGACGUAUUGUCGGUGGUGAUGACGCCGGAUUUGGGUCGUUUCCAUGGCAAGCGUACAUUCGCAUUGGAUCGUCCAGGUCUCUGCUUUCCAGAUGCGGUGGUUCAUUGAUCUCGCGUAAACAUGUCGUAACAGCUGGUCAUUGCGUUGCACGCGCAAGUCCACGGCAAGUUCAUGUAACACUUGGCGAUUACGUCAUCAACUCGGCCGUAGAACCAUUACCAGCUUAUACGUUUGGUGUACGGAAAAUCGAUGUUCAUCCGUACUUUAAGUUUACACCACAGGCCGAUCGAUUCGAUGUGUCGGUGUUGACGCUGGAACGACCCGUGCACUACAUGCCACAUAUUGCUCCCAUCUGUCUACCCGAAAAGAACGAAGAUUUUCUGGGAAAAUUCGGCUGGGCCGCCGGAUGGGGCGCAUUGAAUCCCGGUUCCCGAUUGCGACCGAAAACGUUACAGGCUGUUGACGUUCCAGUUAUCGAAAAUAGAAUAUGCGAACGAUGGCACCGAGCUAACGGCAUCAAUGUAGUCAUUUAUCCGGAAAUGUUGUGUGCCGGAUAUCGUGGUGGUGGUAAGGACUCGUGUCAAGGCGAUUCGGGUGGUCCGCUGAUGCACGAAAAGAAUGGACGAUGGUACCUGAUCGGUGUGGUGUCAGCUGGUUAUUCGUGUGCCACUAGAGGUCAACCGGGCAUCUAUCAUAGAGUACCAUAUACCGUCGAUUGGAUAUCCUACGUUACCAGUUCGACAACAUAGAACCAUACAAUUAAAUCAUCUCGCCUAACAUUCUUAUCUGCUUGAUUUGGCAAUUUUAUUUUUUCUUGUUUGUUUAUUUUCUCGUCGCAAUUUUUUAUUAUUUAUUUGAUUGAGCUUUUUUCACUUUUUUCUCUUUAAUUUUUGUUUAUUUAACCGUUACGUUCAAUUUUGUUAAUUAUUUAAAGAAAAGGAAAAUCAAAUUAAUUUUUAUCGUUGAAAUAGGUAACUUAUUUGUGAUAUUUAUGAUGAAAAUGGAAGAGAGAAAUGGC